AUGGCCACCACGACGAUCAAGAUUGACGGUAUGACCUGCGGCGCUUGUACCUCUGCAGUCGAGGGCGCAUUUAAAGGGGUAGACGGUGUUCAAGAUGUCUCUGUCAGUCUCAUUAUGGGCAGGGCCGCCGUACUACAUGAUCCAUCCGUGUUACCGCCGGCGAAAAUCGCAGAGAUGAUUGAGGACUGCGGGUUCGAUGCGACUGUACUAUCGACCGAGGAGCAAACAUCCCCCGACGUCGCUCAAGUUAAGCAAAUUUCGAUUACCAAUCUGGCGGUCGAGGGUAUGACAUGUGGUGCAUGUACAUCUGCAGUGGAAAGUGGACUGAAAGACGUCACUGGUGUGAACUCGGUGGAUGUAUCACUACUUUCCGAGCGUGCGGUCGUGGAACAUGACGCCGAGCUCAUCACCGCGGAGCAGAUUGCAGAAAUCAUCGAGGAUCGAGGAUUCGGUGCCCGGGUGUUGGACACAUCGAUGGCUACCCCUCAAGCAUCAGCAUCGGUUGACUCGGAGGAGAAGUCUGGGAUCCUGGUCACUACCGUGGCUAUCGGUGGCAUGACUUGCGGCGCUUGCACAUCCAGUGUCGAGGGUGCCUUGAACACGGUGGAUGGAGUGAUCCAAUUCAACAUCAGCCUUUUGGCCGAACGCGCAGUGGUUGUCCAUGACUCCACGAUCAUCCCUGCCAACAAAAUUCCGGACCUCAUCGAAGAUGCCGGGUUCGAUGCCUCCAUUGUGUCAUCAGAGGCGCAGGUCCCUCUAUCAAAAAAGACGCAACAGGUGCACCUGAGUUUGCAUGGCCUGCGGGACAGUGCUUCUGCAACUGCAUUGGAAGAUAACCUUGUACAGCAAUCCGGCGUUCAUUCUGCAUCGGUAAAAAUGGCAACCUCACGGAUACUGGUUGCUUUCGAUUCUUCCAUCAUUGGUAUCCGGUCCGUGGUGGAAGUGAUUGAGUCUGCUGGCUAUAAUGCCUUGCUAGUCGACUCUGAUGAUACAAAUGCACAGUUGGAAUCCUUGUCAAAGACCAAGGAAAUACAGGAGUGGAGAAGGUCAUUCAUCACUGCCGCCUCUUUUGCUGUUCCUGUCUUCCUCAUCAGCAUGAUUCUUCCGAUGUACUUGCCUAGCCUCGACUUCGGCAAUCUCCAAUUGAUCCCCGGCCUAUAUUUCGGUGAUUUGAUAUGCCUUUGUCUGACGAUUCCGGUGCAGUUUGGCAUCGGCAGACGCUUUUAUGCUUCUAGCUUCAAGUCUUUGAGGCAUCGGUCCCCAACUAUGGACGUUCUCGUGAUGCUGGGCACAUCGGCUGCCUUCUUCUACAGUUGUUUCACUAUGAUCAUGGGACUUUGCAGCAUGGACCACAGACGUCCUAGCACUGUGUUUGACACCAGCACUAUGCUCAUCACCUUCAUCACCCUAGGUCGCUGGCUGGAGAACCGGGCCAAGGGCCAAACAUCCGCUGCCCUGUCUCGCCUCAUGUCUCUAACACCAUCUAUGACUACGAUCUAUGACGAUCCCAUCGCUGCAGAAAAGCUAGCCGAGCGUUGGGCCUCGAAGUCCACCCCUGGUGCAUCCCAACAACCUGCAUUGGCGGAAGACAUGACGGUCGGCCACAAAUGCAUUCCCACAGAGCUGAUUCAGGUCGGCGAUAUCGUCAUCCUUCACCCGGGAGAUAAAGUCUCUGCCGAUGGUGUAGUCAUUCGAGGCGAGAGCUAUGUUGACGAAAGCAUGAUCAGUGGAGAAGCGCUCCCAAUUCACAAAACAAAAGGAAGUCAGGUCAUUGCCGGUACUGUGAAUGGCACAAACUCAAUUGACUUCAAAGUCAUCCGUGCCGGCAAGGAUACUCAACUCAGUCAGAUUGUGAAACUAGUCCAGGACGCACAAACCAGCCGUGCCCCGAUUCAACGCAUGGCUGACAUUGUUGCUGGUUACUUCGUGCCCGCAAUCAUCAGUCUUGGGUUGAUUACGUUCUUCGGCUGGAUGUUCCUCAGCCAUAUCCUGCCUCAUCCACCUAUGAUUUUCGAAGUCGCAGGCAGUGGUGGUCGGGUCAUGGUCUGCCUCAAGCUGUGUAUCUCGGUCAUCGUCUUCGCAUGCCCCUGCGCACUAGGUCUUAGCACCCCAACCGCAGUCAUGGUCGGCACUGGAGUCGGCGCGGAGCAGGGUAUCCUUGUCAAAGGAGGCGCUGUCCUGGAAGCCGCCACCAAGAUCACCCAUGUUGUCUUCGACAAGACUGGCACCUUGACGACCGGAAAAAUGAGCGUCGCUCACACUCGAAUUGAGCCCCAGUGGACAAUGAACGACUGGCGCCGUCAACUAUGGUGGCUCAUCGUGGGUCUCGCAGAGACGGGCAGUGAACACCCCAUUGGCAAGGCAAUUUUGUCCGCGGCGAUGACUGAAUCGGGUCACCCCGGAGAGGACGGUUUGCCGGGUAUCAUGGGUGACUUCGACAACUGUGUUGGCAAGGGUAUCUUUGCUGUUGUCGAGCCCACCUCUAGUGGCGAGCGCAUCCGGCAUCAAGUUUUGCUCGGCAAUGCUGAAUUCCUUCGCUCAAAGGAUGUCCCUGUGCCCGCAGAUGCGGACCCGGACUCAGAGGCCUCGGGAUCCGCAGUGGCUGAGAACCAAGACGCUAAUUCCCCGAAGCCAGCAAGCGACGGUUCUGGCAUCACACGCAUUCAUGUCGCUAUCGACAACCGUUUUGCUGGAACUAUCUCCCUCCGGGACACAGUGAAAGACACAGCAAGGGCCGCAGUGGCAGCUCUUCACCGUAUGGGGAUCUCAACAUCAAUGGUAACAGGCGACACACUUUCAACAGCGAUAGCAAUCGCCACAGCCGUGGGAAUCCCCAGAGCCUCAAUACACGCUUCCGUCCUACCAUCCCAGAAGCGCGAAAUCGUCUCCGCCUUCCAAGCAGAAGGCGAGUGUGUCGCUAUGGUCGGCGACGGAAUCAACGACUCCCCAGCGCUGGCAACAGCAUCCGUCGGAAUCGCCCUGGCAUCCGGAACAGACGUCGCAGUCGAAGCAGCCGAUAUCGUCCUGAUGCGUCCGGACGAUCUCCUCUCCGUGCCGGCCAGUCUGUCGCUCUCUCGGGCUGUCUUCACACGCAUCAAGUUGAACUUGAUCUGGGCUUGUCUUUACAAUGUCAUCGGCCUGCCGUUCGCCAUGGGUCUGUUCCUUCCUUUCACUGGCUUCAUGCUACCGCCCAUGGCGGCAGGUGCCGCUAUGGCCAUGUCCAGUGUCUCGGUUGUUGUCAGCAGUCUGCUUCUGAAGCUCUGGCGUCGUCCCUCCUGGAUGAAGACAGAGCGCCUCGAGAAGGAGCUGCGUUCUGGUGCGAUCUCUGCGGUCGACCCUAGACGUGUCCAUGCUCGCAAGGCGAGCUGGUGGGCCCCUGCUGCUAUCGUGUCGGAUGAUCCGCGAUCACUGCGUCGUCGUGCUGGUGGUCUCGUCUCUUCGCUUUGGUCUCAUGUUACUGGAAAGCCACGCUCUGCCGGAGGCGAUGAAGGCUAUGUUCCCCUUCAGACGGUCGAACCGCCCGUUUAA